AUGGAUUCUCGCGCUGAAGAGGCCGAUUCUGGCGACCAGAGUCGGCGGGGAGUUUGUGAGGGAUCCUCGGCCGCAGCUUGUCGCGCCUCAAAGUCACUUUCUCUUGCCCGACUCACACCAGAUUCGGCGGAUUACGGGUCAGAAGCCCCUGCGGUUUCUGUGGACCAAGAGGAGGCGAUGCACAGAGACGAGGCGAAGGACGCUGGAAAAAGAGGUAAAGAUAGAAGCCAGUCGCCCAGCCGGCGGACGAGCGCCGGCCGCGAGCGCUCGGAGGAAGGGAACGAAAAGCCACCAGAAUCCAAUCGCCAGCAAGCGCGGACGGAUGCAACUGCUGAGAGUGACCAGGAUAGUGAAGACGCGUCCGCAGGCCGCCAUGCCUCGUCCCGCGCCGGCGACGACCCCGUCUCGCCAUCGUCGCCAGUCGCCGCUGCGCCGAGUCGCCCGAAGCGCGACGUCAAGCGCAGCAAAUACACCGACAUGCUCAAGGGAAAAUGGACGCCACCGGCGUCACGCGCUCUCGAGGACGACACAAAGGAGAAGCGAAAAAGAAAGCGGAGGAGAGACGCGCACAGCGUUCAAGGCAGUGCGAUUCCUCCUCUUGCGAGUGAUGCUGGCGAAGAGAUGCCGCAGCUAAAAACGCCGCGGCAGACUUCGUACGGAGAGAGUGUCUCGCCAAGGAGCCACGGCGGCGGCUCAGGAGUCUCACGAGGUCAGAGCCGUCGAGCCGUCUUGCUGGAAUCGCCUCUGGCUUUGCAGUCUUUCUUGCAGUCGCCUCUGUUCGGUGAAGAUUCUUUUUCUGGGCCUUAUGCUGUACAAAACUCGUCAAAAAGCCCGAAAAGGGGGUCUUUCUCGUGUGACCCGUCUCUUCGCACGUCUCUCCUCUCGGCGGCUCCUUCCUCUGCAAAUUCAUUCACUAACCGCGGGUCGCGGGGCUCGCUGUGCGACUUCCAGGCGUGCCUUCAAGCCCCCCGUGAGUCUCCGUGGCCAGUCCUUGGCGGACAUGCUUCGCGUCUCCUGCCUCCCGCCGGCGCCACUCAUGGGAGCUGCCGUAGCGCAGGGGGCGCCUUCCACACCUCCGAGCUCUGUCGAAUCGCGACAGUUGCGCCGCUGACCCCCGCGGGGCUUUCUUUGUCUCAGCCGCACAGAGGCAGCGCGCACUCGCCGUGGGCGGUCAAACCUCCGCCGCUGCAGAGGCCCAAAGAGAAGUCCGCGACGUCCGCGGCCGCCGGGCGCCUCUCCUGCUCAGGGUCUACCGGUGGGCGGACAGACGUGGAGCUCAACGGGGAGGCGACAGCCGGCUCGAGUGGAGAGUCGAUUCCUGCCUGUCGGAGAGCAGUAUGCGGGCCUGCGCUGCCAGUGGAUCUCCUCGGUUUCGGCUUGCCCGCCAGAGAACUUGCGCGCGUCCUUCGGCAGCAACUGAAGAACGAGAGCGAGUGCGGGGCGCAGCGGGCACGAAUCCCCACUGACGACCGUCCGCAGCCGGAAGAGACAAGGCAACGGGUCGACGCCGAGGCGCCCGUGGACGGGGCUGAAGGGAAGGACGGCAAGCUGCACCAAGACAAACAGCAGGGACGCUCCGGAGGCGAAGGCAGUUCGAAGCUCGCAGGGGUUGCGACCCCCUCCCAGCCACUCCCGCCGUCUGUGUCACAGUCCUUGUCCGCUUCGCCUUCGCCUUCUUGCUCGCUUUCUCCGUGUUCUAGGAGGCGGCGCGCCGGCGGCGCGUGCCCAGCGGCGCGGGCGCCGGCGUCGGACGCCCCGGUUGUGGAGCAGUUUUCGCUGAAGUGCGACUGCGUGGUGAUUGGCGCAGGUGUUAGCGGCCUGGCCGCUGCCGCGUACCUGCGGAGAUGCGGAGCGAAGGUCCUUCUGGUUGAGGCAAAGCCGCGAGUGGGAGGGCGCGCCUUCACGACUCUCUUGCCAGCGCGCCAGCUCCCAGACGGAAGAAGCGUCAAGGAUAUCCAAGUCGACCUGGGCGCGAACUACAUGCACUGCGUCACGCGGUUUCGCCGUCGCCAGAAGCGACCCGCAGCGUCCGACCGGCUGGAGGCGCGCAAGCACCAACACGAUAGUGCCUUCUCCUACACGAAGAAGUCGCCGUUUGCAAAUGCCAGUGGCGGACACAGUGACUUCAACACGGAGCCUGUCGGCAAGGCCAUUGGAGGCAUCGUCGGCGCGGCGGGCCUUCCAAGAGACUGCCGGUGGAGACGCGAGCCGUCGCGGUCUGUCAGCGGCAUCGCCGCUGUUCUCCGGCCUCUUGUUGCCGACGUGUGCGGAAAACAAAACUGGGAAAGCACUUUCUUCAGCAACUGGUACGACGACCGCACAGGGGCGCGGAUUUCGCACGCCUCAACGGUUCGCGUGAACCACAUUCUCGAGCUUAUUCGUCAGCGGGCUGCGGCGAAGCUCGCUCAUUUCCCGGCUCCAACCUUAUCCGCGUCGAAUUCUCAACUCCCCACAGAGCCGGCGGAGAGCCGAGAAGGCGCGCCGGAGAAGAGGACAACCGGCCUGCAUGAGACGUCGAGCCGGCAAGACCCGCCGGGAGGCGCUGAAAAGGUCGCAGGCGCUUCUGACAACGGCCUCGCCCCCGCCGCUCGGGCCUCGAGUCCGCCAGCGUCGUGCCCGCCUCCCUCGCUUUCUCAUGCGUCCUCAGCUUCUUCGUUUACGUCGUGUAUCUCUGGCUGCGUCGUUCUCCCCAAUUCGGAGAUCGACGAGAUCGUCCCUGGGGCCGUUGCGUCCACAGUCUCUCUCUCAUACGCCGCGGCGGACUGCUUUGCGCCGCCGCUGAGGACCUAUCUGAGGCAGGCAUCCGCCAGGACUCUUCCUUCGCCCUCUUGCUCGUCGCAGCAGGCGACCGCGUCCUGCAACGCCUCGAGCCGACCGGAAGCCCGGCGCGACGCAAGCGACUUCGACGAAGUGUGCAGCGAUGCGCUAGAGAACUUGAGGACGUUCCCUGCAGCCGCUGACGCCUUGGCUGACGCGUGUCCAUGCGUGUGUGGCGCGCGAGACGGAGCGCACUGGCCAAGCAGCCGCAGCCUCCCGGGGUCGAGGACGGCGGUGCGGGAGGCCGCCUCCGCAGAGCCGGAGGGGGGCAGCAGGAGCCGGGACAGGAAAAGGAAGACACGGACAUCUCUAAUUUCGUCCUCCGCGUUUCCUUCGUAUUACCCUCUUGGUGAGCAUUUGCUCCGAGGUCUCCUCGGCGCCGAGGACAGCGCGCGCGCCACCGUCGACUCUCUCCCGUCUCUCGAAGACACCGCGGCACCGGUCUCAGGGGCCGCCGCCGAGCAGGAGCGCGCCAGCUUCGCUUCGGGCGCCUCCUGUUCGCUCUGCUGUCCUGACUGCUGCACUGCCGCGUGCGGCGAAAGGCGGCGGGCGAUAGAGAAGCUGCGCGAAGCCCAACUAUCGCGCGGGGAGCACGCUCUGUAUUGUGCCCUGAACACGUGCGAGCUCGAGAGGCUGAAAUCGAGUCUUUCGGCGAUUUCGGCUGCGGAUGCGCGACGAGGAGAACGAGGGGGAGAAGGCGCGGCAGGCGAGGAGGCAGGCGGGGCUGACGACGAGGAAGGAUCGAUGGAGUCUCUCUCCGUCAGCGGCAAGCGCCAUAAUUGCCCCCGUCCAGCGGCGGCAGGGGACGCGAGCACCGCAGAGGAGCCUCGCGAGAUGGAAUGCCACGGUGGGCUAGCUUCUUCGCCGUCGACGCCCACGGGCAGAGGCCUCGAGAAGACAUCUCAGGCGGGAGCCUUUCGAGCAGCAGAAGAGGAAGGGAAGCAGCGAAACGGCGCGAGCGGUUUCGGCGUCCCAGGCGCGCUUCAGGACCUUCCGCGGCAUCCGUCUGCCUCACCGUUUCCAGUCCAGUUUCCUUUUUCACUCCGUUUGCAUGAGCACUCCAUCGUCCGCCCAGUGUUCCCCGCCGCGCUUUGUACGGAUAGCGGCUGCCGCCGCAGCGCGUGGGAUAUCCUCGAAGAGAGUAUUCGAGAGGUUUUCGAAGAGGAGGUCCUGCCUGCGUCUCUGCCGGGAGAAGAGGAGGAAAAGGAAGAAGCUUUCCCGGCUGGCAGGCAGCUCCCAGCCAGCUCUACUAAACUCAACGGAGGCGACAAAAGAUCGCGGAAGGGGGCACAGUCGCCGACGCGCGACGGGUCACCCAUGGGGGGGGCGUCGCAGAGACGCGCGAGCGGUAGCUCCACUCCUCUUGCCUCCGUGGAAGGAGAAGAAGGGCGCGUUGGCAAGGCGAGAGAGUCGCUUAGAAACGAUACGCAGUCUCUGGCGUCUCCAUCGGAGCGGGGAAAACAGAAAUCCAAUGCCUCUCCGAAGAGCUCGCGAUGCGCUUUGACUGAACAGGAGCUGCGAAUGCUUUUCGUGCAGCUGCAGUCGAGACUCGGCUACGUGGGCGACCUGCGCGAACAAUCGAUCUCCGCCCUCAAAAACUUCCCCUUCGAGGUGGCUGUGCUCAGCGAACAGGGACGUGAGAGGGUCGCCCUUUCCUCGGCGUCGAGGGAAGCGCGUUUGGAGCACCCUCACCCGCCUGCCGGCUCAGGAGUGUCUCGCUCGUCCUCAACUUCCCUGUCAGCGUCCCGGGCGGUUUGGUCUUCUUCGGCUUUUCUUCCCUCGGGUGCGCCGGCGUCCGCGCCGCCUCUUCCCUCCCCGCAAAGUCUUCAAACUCCCAUGUCGUCGUCUCGUGCGCCUUUCGGGCAGCAACAAAUCCCUGUUCGCCUUUCCGCGGCUUCUACCGCGGGGGGUGACGUGCAUGCAUAUACAGCAGGCCUGGAUGCGGCAGCGGAGCGCGCUCCUGGGGUGCCCUCUUCGGCGUGCGGAGACGACGGCGAGCCGGCGGAGGUGGGCGCGCGUCGGGCUGCUCCGUUGCCUCUCAUCCGCCACUUUCCGAUGCCGCUGAUGGCCUCGGCGCUGCGGACUCAGCAACAGCAUCUGCUGUACACCUUGCAGAGAGAGCAGCAGACUCCGGGGCCUCGCGUGAACCCAUUCAACGCGUGGACGGCGUCGGGCGCGGACAAAAUCGUCGUCGAGGGAUGGAAUUUCCUCCCGGCCUUCCUUGCGCUCCAAGUCCAUCCCUUCAUUCUCACCGGCGCGGCGGCCAGCCUGGUUGAGGUGUGCAUGCCAGACGGAGAAAAAAGGCCGCAUGCAGAGGCAGAUGCCUCGCGGUCAGGCGCAGAGGAAGCAGAGGCGAGGCAAGAUGCGGAGUGGCCUGUGCGAGUGAGACUCCAGGUCCAUCCCGCAGCCGUUGCGUUCAACCGAAGCCACGGGCUGCCGACAAAGCGGGCGCAGAGGCGCGGGCAGGCCAGAGACGGAGACAGCCAAGAGGAGCGCUCAGAAGCGGACGAUGAAGACCUUCAGGAGGCGCGGCAGGCGGAAGACUCUACCAACACGUUCUUUCACGUCCACGCCAAGUUCGCUGUCGUCGCCUUGCCAGUGUCGCAGCUGAGCGAGUCCUUUCUCCGGUUGGGGCAGGGCAUGGCAGACGGUAGAACUGCGCACUCUCGCAGGAGCGACCCUCUAGACGCACCGUCGAUUCGAAGAGCCUCAGCGAACCCAGACGACUGCCAGCCGCCGCUGCCGGGCUCCGCCGGUCUCCUUCAGUUCUCGCCGGCCCUGUCGCUCGAAAAACAGCAGGCGUUGAAGCGGAUCAAAAUGGGCGUUCACAACAAGAUCAUCUUGCGCUGGCACCCCGACGAUGUUUUCUGGGAGCCGCAUCAGCUGCAGCUGAACUGCCUGGAUCAGAAAUUCCAGUUUCUGAACCUGCAUGCGUAUGGCAAAGAGGGGUGCCUUCUCGCGCAUUCGUUCCCACCGUUCUCCAACGGCUACGGCGGACUGCAGUCCGAUGAGGAGGUCGUCGCCGAAGUGCUCGCGGUGCUGCAGAGGAUGUUUGGCUUGCCUGAUCAGAAGCUGCCUCGCCUCGUAGACUACCUCGUCACGCGCUGGCAAGCAGACCCCUUCACCCGAGGAUCCUAUUCGUUCCCUGCCGUUAACGCGUUCGAGGACGACACUGAGGUCUUGCGCGCCCCCCAUCCCGCCGAGAAUCCGCGAGUCCUCUUUGCGGGGGAAUACGUCAGCAAAGCCUACUUCCAGUGCGUGGACGGUGCCUACGAUACAGGACUCCGCGCCGCGGAGUGCGUGGCGCACGAAGGCCUGCGGCUUCCUAUCCCUCCCCGUGAAGACAAAACGCCCCUCGCGCUGGAUGUCUUCACGGGGUGGCUGGCGUCGGGUGCGGGCGCGCAAGGUAAGGAGUCUGAGGAGAGAGAGGGCGGCCUGGCGGAAAAGCGGGCUCAAAGCGGAGAAUCGAGCGGGGACGAAAGCCCUGAGUCACGGCGGCCGUGCGCCUCAGGCCCCACCGUCCUGAACGCCUGCCCCUUCACGGGUUUCCCGUUGCCAGAUGUGCCGACAGAGCUUCGCGGCUAUUAUUUGACCGACAUGUCUGACGCAGGACUCACAGACGCGGAGGGCUCCAGCCCCGAGUCCUCGUUUGCCGCAUCGCCCGAGGGCCGGCGAUGCCCCGCUGUGAAGCGCGCAGAGCUGGAGCUGUGCGAGGAGACAUAUCUGCGCCUGUGUCUCGACUUUCUGAGAUCUGGAGGUGAAGAGGCAGGUGAAGAAAACUCAGAGGGCGACGCGAACAGAAACCAGGCGGCGGAGGCGUUUGUCCACUGCCUUCCGUUCCCGUCACAAAGAUUCUUCUAUAAAGCCUUCCUUGCGCAUGUGCCUCUCGGCGUCAAUCGCUCAAGAUGCCCCCCUGCGUCGGCGGAGCUUUCCGCUCUGGCUGCCCUUCCCCCGCAUGAUGGGGUCGGUGAGGCAGAAGACUUGCACACGUUCUUGACUAGGGCCGUGGAAGUCUCUGAAAAAGAGAAGGACGAUGUGCUAGCGAGCUGUUCAGAGGCGGCCGGUCGCCUCGCUGGCCUUCCGUCGCGUCUCUUGCCCAAUGCCCACAAAGCGGAAGCUGACUCCCUCAAGCGGAGUGGAAUCCGCGACCAGGUGGGGAAGCCUGGCCUCUCCAACAGCCAUUCGGAAGCGGGCAAGGGCCUCGAGCUCGAGUUAAGAGAGUUCGUUUCCUUCCUGUCUCAAUACGACCCCUUCGUGCGCAAGCGCGUCCUUCUUCCGCUGUGGCUAGCAGCGAGCCGCGUGCACGGAGGCGAGGCGACUGCGGAUGAAGCGAAGAAGCAGGCGAAGCAGGAGACCGGGGCGGAGCCCGUUGCAAGCGAGAUGAAGGGGACAGGCCUGCCGGUGGGAACAGUGAAGGAAGAAGCGCCAGAGGAAAGCGAGCCCAGCAGCUGCAGGUCCGCGUCACGCGCAGCCGAAAAAACAGAUGUCCAAGGCGACGAGGAGGAAAGCAGCAGCGAAGCGGCUCUCGGGACGGGCGACGGGUGCGGGACCCCGGAUGCUGCCAGCGAAGCCGCGGCGGGCAGAGCUGACAGCGAGGAGGAAGAACGGGCUUGCUUGCGGUGGAGGUAUCUGCGGGCUGCGGAUGUCCUUCUGCGCCACGCGCGAGCGGCAGCUUUCCUGCCGUCGCUGACUCCGAUCGGCCUCGCCAGCUUCCUCGUAGAUUCCCUGCCCCGUGCACCGCAUCGCCCGCUCCAGCGCGCGGUCCGGCUUCCACGGCAGCUGGUAAAAGGGACGUCGACCGAGACCAGUCUCUCUUCUGGUGCGGGCUCGAAAAGUCCUGAGGCAGAGAUUGUGGAAAAGGCGGGAAGCGGCGAACUGGAAGCAGCUCCCUGCGCGGAGGCCCGACGACCCUCACCGGCCUCCGCAAACGACGAGGUCUCAGCGUCAGAGCUUGAGCAGCGCUCUCCCCCUCCCCAGGGCUCAACGGCGGGACACGCCGCGAAGAACGAAGGCGCUCGCGACGAGAGUGACGCGGCGAUCGCAAGAGGGAGGAAGAAGGCAUCAAGGCGAGGCGCGUCUGCGCGUCGCCGGCAGCGCGUGCCCGCCAACGCGUUUCACAGGGAACUGGGAGAUCGCCUGCUUCACCAGCUUCGUCGUAGCGCCUUUCCGUCCUCCGAUAUCGCAGCCACGGCGCUUCGCGAGCUUUUGAAGGCGGCGCGAGACGGCCAGAGCGCGAGCAAGGAGGCACUCAGCCUUGGCUGCGGCGAGCUUGGUGAGAGAAGCUUCUCAAACGAUGAGCGGAGGAAAGGGAAUGAGGGUGAUUUGGGGUCUUCCACGUGCAUGCGCCAGAGCCCAGAAAUGAACGCGGUGCGUAGUCCGCUGGAAGGAGCAGGUGCGCAAGCGGAAAAAGAGCCGACAGGCACGAUGGAGGCAGACGAGGUUUUUCCAUACGGCGUGGAAGGAGGCGCAGGAGAGGCGCAGAUGCGAGUGUCGGACGAGGGAGACGAAGAGCGGCUCUUCAGCGACGCCUCUGAAGACGAAGAGCGGCUCUUCAGCGACGCCUCUGAAGACGAAGAGCGGCUCUUCAGCGACGCCUCUGAAGACGAAGAGCGGCUCUUCAGCGACGCCUCUGAAGACGAAGAGCGGGGCACUUACCACGAACGUCUGUGCUGGAUGUGUGGGGUCGGGGGCGACCUUUUCUUGUGCGACGGUGAGGCCAGAGACCGUCCACACAGAGAGGACGCAGAAGAAAAGCAAGAGAAUGUGCAGGCUGCCGGUGAACAGUCUCUGAAUCCCCGCGACAAGGAGAACGAACGCACCUUGAAAGCCUCGCGUCCAGUCAAGGACGCUGGUUUGCCAGUGCCGUCUCGGCGGCGCGGCGCUCCGUCUCGGGCGCGGCGGCGUUCGCCUUCCUCGUCACGCCGCUGUCGGCGCGUGUUCCAUCUGGCUUGCAUUUUCCCGCCCCCGACAGACGAGGAACUGCAGCCGGAUGCCGUCUGGCGGUGCCCGGUUUGCCGCUUCAAGAGAGCAAAACGGAGACGCCUCUCGACCAGCGCUGCAAGGCCCCAAACCGCGGCGCGCGGCGGUGCCUCGCACAGUCCGCCGAGUUCAGCAGGCCACAGCUUGCCUGUCGCCCGACCGCGCGUGGCGCAGACGUUGGCAGCAGAAGAUCUGAUCGAGCAGCGUGGUGUGGCGCUGCCUGGCUCGGCAUUUUCUCAACAGGAGCAAAAACAAUGGGUGCAGUUUCUCAGCACGCACCGGUUUGGCACGCAGUCGAGUGUCGCCCUGCAGAGAGUGUCUCUGAAGAAGUUGUUUGUUGAAGUGAUGAAGUGCUUCUUGGCUACCACCCGACGUGUGCGCCGGCGCUUCGACUCGCUCGUCCGCCAGCGCCAGCGCCGCGAGGAAGCUCAGCAGCGCAAGGAGCAGCGGCGCCAGUGGAUAGAGCAGCGUAAAGAAGAAAAACGAAGGACGAAACUCCAGAGAAGUCCUCAGGUAUCCACUCCUGCAGCAGGCUUGGGUGAAGAUGAACCCGAAGCGGGCAGCGUGAAAGAGAACGCAAAGGGUGGAAGGAGAGCGAGGAGGGCAGCACCAGAGGAGGAACCUGGAGACGAAGGGGAAGAAAACGCGGAACGACCGGCACAGAAACGAGCGCGGGCCGCCGGAGACAGCGCUGAGUCCCGAGAGGACAUGGAAGAGCCGGAAGAGCGAGAAAAUUCACAGCCGCAGCCGUCUUCUUCAGCGUCGCGCAAACCAAGGCGCACGAUUCGCACACGCUCCGCUGUUGCGGCGAGCGCCGCUGCCGGCGCCGCGGAUAGCGACGGGGUUGCUGACAAGUCCGACGUGGAAGAGGACGAAGACGACGACGAUGACGACGACGCGUGCCUGUUCAGGGAAGACGGGCGGCCGGUAGACCCCUUCGUUGCUGCCUCCAGAGAUUCGCGUUUUUCCCUUGCGCUUCAGAUCAUGAAGGAGGUCCGAGAAGCCACGGCGCGCGGCAGCCGCUGUGACUUUCCGUUGUCGCGCCUCGCCUGGCACAUCCAGGCUGGCUGUCGCUGCGACCGCGCGAUACCAGUGCGGUCCCGAUCAAAGCGUGUAGCGUCACCUAUGCUCCUGAACAGCACAGAUAUGUCGAAUUACCGCACUGCCCCACAGGGUGAUACAGCUGCACAGGAACAAACGAAUGGAACCGGCGCGCGGCGGCAAGAGCUCGUUUGCCGUGGCGGCUUGCGGGCGCAGAGCAGAGCGCACCUGCGGGGGAUCGCAGACGAAAACCGCAGUCUCAGCAGGCCUGCCUCGCCGCGCAUCGCCGCAGACGAUGGACACGAGUGCAAAUGCGGCCGGAGCGACGGAGAGAUUGAAAGAAGAGAAGACAGGCACGCGUGUUUGUGUGACGCUGCGGUGAUUGACGCCGCUGCCAAGGCAGUCGCCAGUCUAGCGAUUCGAGGCGCGGGCUCAGGCGGGAGGCGGGAUGAGAGGAGCCACGGGGCCACGGGUCGCUUCACCCUGGAGAGACAGAAUGCAGGCGGUCAAGCGAAGGGUGAAAAGGAAAGCAGAGGAAAGGAAGUCGCUGCAGAGGUUUUGGCUAACCCUUCUUCAGUGAUCCAAGCUUCGCAUGCGUCAACGGAUCUAUUGCAUGAAGUGGAGCCGGAUGAAUCGACCCUCAAGUCCGGGCACAAGGGGACAGAGAAUCCAUUUAGGCAAGCUUUCGCGCAGGCGACGUCGUCCUCAUCCUUGAGUUUCCUUUCCCGUUUCUGCAUCGCGCCGUUCGUCCCUCAGCCAGCGUCCCGCGCGUCCGCGUCUAUCCCUGGUCACGAUGCGAUCGGUCUCUCCUAUCGAAGAGGCAGCGGUGGCGUUUCCGGCGCCCGCGCGGCUGUCACGAGGGCAAGCCCAGGCCCCGCGGCGGGGGCGGGGAUGCCUUACGUCUCGCGGUCGACUCCGGGUGCCUCGGUCGCGUCAGUGUCUCCCGUGCCUCCUCCAGGCGCUGGUUUGCCCGCGCAUGGCCUCCAGGCUCACCCAGGCGCAUCGUCGGGAGCGCCCGCGACCGCCGCGGCGAAGAAGGCAAGGCCGUCCCCCUCUCCUGCAGCCUCUUCGCAGGGCUCUGGUGCCCCCCCUGCAGCGAAGGUGCCCUGUUUCUCGCGAGGCCGGACCAAGGCCGCAGCCAAGGCGACGCUGUUCUUGAAGGGGUGCCGGAGGCGAGGACAGGCCUUCAGCGAAGUCGAUGCACGGCGGGUGGGGGGCGGAGGCCUGUCUGCUGCGGUCGGCUCUUGCUCUGUGGCGAGGAAACCUGGGGCGGUCGCCUCAAGCGGCGCCGCUCUCGGAGGCAAAUCGCGGCUCCAUUCCUCGACUGUGCUCACCCCAUCAAAUAGGGGCGGCUCUCCCACCAUACGGGACAGGCCAGCGCACGCGCGCCCCGAUACCACAGGCGCGUCGCUCGUUAGUCGCUCCGCGGAAACUCCGCACCAAAACGUCUCCUCCGUUCUUGGAGCCAAGGCAGUGGUGAAAGAUGCUAGAGGCGAACCCGCGGCCUCUAAGGAUAGUCAGGGGUGCUGA